UCGACUCGAGAGCAAGCGGUAACCAUGCUCUCGAUUGGCGGACCCCGUUCUAACUCGUGGUGCACUUUUCUGCUGCUGGUGCUAGUGGUUAUCUGUGCAAUUUCCCGCGAAGGACACGCUUCGGUUUUCUACUCUAAACACACACUGCCGAUACCGAUCUACCGGUCGUACUUCGACUCAGUUGGAGAGCAUAAAGUGAUGAACAAUCGCUAUGAAACCAAUGUUAUAAUCCAGGAGGAUAUUCUAGUGCGAAAGCGAUGCGAGUGCAUUCCACGGUUCAUGUGUCGUUCGCCGCGGAACAUCAUAAAACUGCAAAACCGAGACUGCCACCAUCGCGAGAAAGUAUGCUGCGAAAUUUAGGAGGAGCUGGUGGUAAGCGCGGUGCUAAUGACUCUUUCAGACAGGGCGGCUAUGAGGCGGCAUCAAUGUUCACACUGCAUUUAAUCCGAAGCAAUAUCAAAUCUCCUUCAAGCUCAAGUGUUUUACGAGACGAUUAUGUCUAAUACGCGCCUGCCUGUUGGCAUAAAUAUCUAUACGCUGCGCUUUAAGUGAAUACCAAAAAGAAAACU